CGCAUUGCAUGUUAACAAAUUUUGUUAUGGGUAAUCGUUUCUAAAACCAAAACAAUCUCCAGUGCUCAUGUAACAUUUUGCGAAAAUUUAAAAUACGUAUUAUUUUAGCAGUUGAAUACAUUGUUAUUUAUUUAAAGUGUUUAACAGACCGACCAAGAAUGAAUAUUUUGCGCAAUACCAUAUUGCGGCAGCGUGCGCCGCAUAGCGCGAGUGCAAUCGCCUUGAAAGUUUCUAGUCAACCCACAAAUCCGUACCGGUAUACGUGCAACCUGCAUGUGCGGAGCUGCACUCGCCCGCUAACCGUGGCUGCUAGCAAUAGGAACCAGGUUGAAAUACGUUCACCCAUGGCCCAAACGAGGCCUGGAUUCCAACGGGAAGAAAAAACCACAACCACUUUGCUGGAUGAAAUGGGAGCAGAGGCCCGUGUCCAUCGGCGCGUUCAGUUGGAGAAACUCAAUAGAGUGCUGGCUAAACCAGAAGUUAUCAGCGGUGUAUCAUAUGAAUUUCUGCUUGGUUGCUGUGGUCGGUUGCUGAUGGAACAACCAGUGGAAGCUAGAAUGAAGCUCUUCAAAUCUAUCUGGUUCAUGGCUGGGGAACCGUCAACGACAACCGCGGCCUUAAACCGGUGGAAGGUGCUACUGAGGGUUCAUUGCGAAAAUGGCAUUGACUUGGAAGAGCAACAUAUAGAGGAGUUUUUGGGGAAAGUUAAAGUGGCGAAAGAUGAAGAGUUUUACCAGCUACUGCUUGGAGUCGUCAGUGAGCGUGGGGAUAUUCGUAGGAUGCAGGAAGUGAUGGAUAUCGCUCAGAGAGAAGGCUACAAAUUUAAUAGUGAGUUUGGUAGGGUGCUGAUAAGAGGUUAUUGUAAGGCCAAAGAUCUUCCGUCCGUGAAGGCAGUCUUGGACAGGUUGAUCGCUGAAAACAUAUACCUGAAUAGCGGCAUAUAUGGAGAGCUGAUUGUUGGAUAUUUAGCAAACAAGAAAAUCGCUGAUGCCCUCGAAUUAAUCAAUGAUAAAGGAAAGCUUUUGAAAAAAGAUCACGUGGUAGAAGCUAUAAAGGAGGCCUUGUUGGGUGAUCAUAAUGAAGUGUUAGGACUGCUGGUUAAACUGCUACCAGCCACUAUGCGUGACAAUGCUAUACUCGAUCCAGUUCUAAGAAACCUUUGCUCGGAUCUUAUGAAUCUGAAGAAGUUUGAUGCUAUUCACACCCUGCUAGGUGCACUGCCGAUUCCACGCUUUGGGGAAGCUGAGAGUUACGACACCUACGGAUCUGCGGUAAUAUUUGAAAUGAUCAAAACUAGAGUGCCUCUGGAAGAAGUUACAUCAUUGGUCGAAUUUCUUAUCAAAACCGGGCGUAACACCCGGGCUCUUCACGUAGCUUGCGAUUGCGCUGCCAAAAAUAGGAUUGACAUUUACCCACAUUUACUCGGACAGCUUCGAGAGCAAGAAGACCUCAGGCCACAUUAUUUUUGGCCGCUGAUUAUUCAUAACUUUACCAAACAGGGUGAAGCGGGAGUUCUUAGCGUUUUGAAGUUAAUGCAACGAUUCGGAACCGAACUGGAUGCGGAAACGUUAUCGGUGUUUGUUUUACCUAAACUUUCGAUCACGCUGAAUGAUGUGCGUGGGGCAUUAAAACAGUUCGAAGACAGAGGUAUAAAAAUGGCAACGCUAAUGACCCCACUUGUUUCCCACCUACUUCACCAGAUCCGAUUCGAUGAUGUGAGCAAAAUUGUUAAAUUGUAUUCAUCCAAACUAGACACAACCGUUCUGAUUUGGCCGCUAACGUUGCAGGCGAUGGUUAGCAAAAAUUCGGAACACUUCCGAAAAGUAGCUGUAGUCGUUCGCGAUCUGAUGACGAAAGCUCGAGAUCCAAAACAUGAUUUGGCCGGUCAACUUCUUUUGGAACUGAUAAGCAAUAAAAAGGCUAAGCACAAUAUCAACUCGAUCAAGUCGCUUUUGAAGCAAUAUAAAAAUGCUGAUGUAAAGAUCAGCAGUAUUAGUGCAAAUGUUUUGAAGAAAUAUAAUCAAGAGGAUUCUGAGUUGGAAGACCUUUUAAAGACUCUGGUAUAUGACAAGUUGACGCUUCCCUCCAAGGAUCUGCUCAGUCAAACAAUCGUUCACCCGCGCGAUAUGGGCUAUGAAGAGCUGGAAUGCCAUCUAAGCGAACUGGUGGAAAAAGGCAUGAAUGCCAGAGGAGUGUUGCGUCGAUUGCUGCAGUUAUGCGUUCGGGAAAAUCGUUUGGAUCGAGCCGUCGAGAUUAAGCGGCGAUGUGACGAAGCAAAUGUCGAUUUAAGCUCCGGAAUGAUGGCUUCUAUUUUUGAUUUACACAUCAAACUGAAAAACGUGGAUGAAGCUGGUAAAGCUUUGGAAAAGAUUAGAUCUACCUUUCCUAGCUUCUUGAUCGACGAUCACAAAAUAAUUGACUUUGCUGCACUUCUUAUUGAAAAUGGUUUCUCAGCGAAUGCUCAGAAAGUCCUCCGUCAGCGAGCUGCAGCUGGUCCUAUUCGAGUGGGAAAUGCGAACAAAAAUAUUUGGAAUCUACUAAACAUCACAGCACAGAAAGCGGUCAAUGCCGAUCCCCAUUCCCAGAAAAAUCAAACCCACGAAUUGCUACAAUUCCUCGUCAAGCAAGGAUACUGCACAUAUGACAACGCCAUCCUAGGUCCGGUUAUUCGAGAAUAUCUGCUGAAAAAUCAAACUCUCAGCGCGAUUACCGAGUUCAUGCAAAUGGCUAAGGAACAUCGACGAACUCCGCUGCAGUUGGAAAUUAUAACUACUCUGGUUCGGUUAACUAACAGCAACGACCCAACGAUUCCUCCGGAAAAAGCCAAAAUCUUACUUGGUGAAGUAAUCCAAGCUGCUUCCGCCAUUCACGGUCCUACCAAUACCAACAACACGCUUCUGGUAGCUCUUGCCGAAGCCGGGACGGAAGCUCAACUGCGCCGAAUGUUGAUAAAUCCGGAAACUCGAGUUAAUCUCGAGUACAUUCUGACGCAGUGCGAGUACCUUAUCGAUUCGGGCAAGCUGGACGUAGUUCUUCGGCUAGCCAAGUGUUCGCGUGGGUUGGCGAAUGUUCGGGAAGCGGACUUUUUGGCGCUUAUUAUGAAACAGUACGCGAGAGAUAAUAACUGCGAGGCGGCGGUUAAUUUGUUUCAUCGGCUGCAAACCGAGGAUGGGGAGAUGACAAUUUCCGGGGACUUUGCGAGGAAGCUGAUUGAUCUGUUGGAAGUGAAUAGUUACGAGGUGCCGAAUGCUAUUUGGUUGUAUGCGAAGUGAACAUCGAGGUUGACACCCUGAGGUUCAAGCUUGGAUAAUGGAUAACAAAUAGAGGGAGUAAGCUUUUUUAACGAGAGCUACGAGCAAA